AUGAGAGUGGGUACGUUCAAUGGCCCGAAGGCGAUUUUAGACUCAAGUUAUGUAGGCAACACAGGAAAAUACAUUGUGGAAACCAAUCAAUCAAUCAAUCAAUCAAUCAGUUUAAAAAUUAAUGCAUUCAUUCAAAAAACAUUCACUGAGUGCCAUGCCCACUGUUACUCCUCUCGGGUAACCUGCGAGGACCUGGAAAGCGACAGUCCCUUGGCCCCGGGACCCUUUUCCAAGCUCCUGCAGCCGGACGUGUCACACCAUUACGAAUCGUGGUUCCGGCCGACACACCCAGGCACCGAGGAUGGCUCGUGGUGGGACCUUCAUCCGGGUACCAGCUGGAUGGACCUCCCCCACCCUCAGGGCGCGCUGACCUCACCUGGCCACCCCGGGGCGCUUCAGGCUGUUGGGGGCUACGUCGGAGACCACCAGCUUUGUGCCCAGCCGCCCCACCCACACCCGCACCCGCACCACCUCCUCCCAGCCGCCGGAGGGCAGCACCUCCUCGGGUCUCCCGACGGGGCGAAGGCCUUGGAAGCAGCCGCCCCGGAAUCCCAGGGGCUGGAUACCAGUCUGGAUGGGGCGGCCCGGCCCAAAGGCUCCUGGCGGUCAGUGCCCCGCAGCUCAGGCCAGACCGUGUGCCGCUGCCCCAACUGCCUGGAGGCGGAGCGACUGGGGGCUCCGCGCGGGCCCGAUGGGGGCAAGAAGAAGCAUUUGCACAAUUGCCACAUCCCGGGCUGUGGGAAAGCCUACGCCAAGACAUCGCACCUGAAGGCACACCUGCGCUGGCACAGCGGCGACCGCCCCUUCGUGUGCAACUGGCUCUUCUGCGGCAAGCGCUUCACGCGCUCCGACGAGCUGCAGCGCCGCCUCCAGACCCACACCGGCACCAAGAAGUUCCCCUGCGCAGUCUGCAGCCGAGUCUUCAUGCGCAGCGGCCACCUGGCCAAACACAUGAAAACCCACGAGGGCGCCAAAGAGGAGGCUGCCGGGGCGGCGGCGGGAGAGGGCAAGGCCGGCGGAGCGGAGCCCCCCGGGGGCAAAGGCAAGCGCGAGGCCGAGGGCAGCGCGGCUCCCUGCAACUGAGCUCCUCGUCCCGCCUCCCCGUCCCGCCUCCCCGUUGGUCUCCCCUCGGGCCAUCAGAAGAGAGCCCUCUGGCCUGAUUCCCUGGGGGAGGGGGGUGGCUUGAGUAAGAGAAGGUGGUUAUUUAUGGAGAGGGAGGGAAAGUGGUGCGGGGGUCAGGGAGCCGGGUCGCUAGGGGUCUCUUAGUCUCUGGGGCUGGACAGGACAGAGGCGUUUGACUGGGCGGGGAGGAGCUGCGCAUGCCCAUCAGUUCUCCCCUUCCUCGCUCUUUCACUUCACGCCCCUGGGCUGGGGGGCUGGGGGGUUGGGGUGGACUACCCCUACGGCGGCUGGAGGGCCGAGGGGAUAGGUUGGAGGAUACGGCGCGUCCCCGGAGCAGAGAGGAGUGGGGCCGCCCCGGGCGCUGGGGGUAGCUGUCUGGACACGUCGUUAGCGCCUGGGAACCCGGACAUAAAAGGGCCUCUGGAGCCGCGCUGCGGCCCGGGUCCCUUUCAUCCCCCUUAGAGUGCUUUACCCCGGGGUUUCCGGAGGGAGCGCUGAGAUGGGGUAGCAGAGGCUGGGGGUCCCCCUAAGGGAGGAGUUUCUAUCUGGCCUGGGAGGGUUGUCACCGCAGAAAUAAUGUCUCUGAUGUGCCUCCUUAUUAAGCCUUCCAGACCCAGUGUGAUGGAGCCACGAGGGAAGAAGGGAAGAGGGCCAGAAUGGGCGACAGCUUCCAGCCAGAACUGUGGGGUGGAGGAGGGAGCCAGAUGUGGAGGUUGAGCAAGGAAGUCUUCCUCUAAAAUGAGAGAAAGGGAUUUGGUCAGGGAGUGGAAGUAAGCCCCUCCCU